UUGCUGACAUCAAAAUUGAUGAGUGCAUGAGAAACUUCUCUGGGAAUGUUAUUUCAAGAGCAUGCUUUGGAAGCAAUUAUACCAAGAGUGAAGAGAUUUUCUUGAGAUUNGUAGCUCUCCAAGAGUUAUUGUCCUGGAAAAAUAUGUUAAGAUUUAUCCCUGGCAUGAGCUACCUUCCAACAAAGACCAAUAGAGAAAUAUGGACAUUAGAAAAGGAGGUGAAAGAAAUGAUACUUCAGGUGGUGAAGGAAAGAAAGGAAACUACUUUUGAGAAGGACUUGCUACAAAUGGUUCUUGAAAAUGUUAAGGACAGUGAGCUAAGUAAAGAGGCCAUUGACGAUUUCAUCGUUGAUAACUGCAAGAAUAUAUACUUGGCAGGCUAUGAGACAACUGCAGUUUCUGCUACAUGGUGCCUGAUGCUGCUGGCCGCAAACCCAGAUUGGCAAGAUCGUGUUCGUGCUGAGGUGAUAGAAAUUUGCAGGGGUAGAAUCCCAGAUUUUAGUAUGCUUGGUAAGAUGAAGCAGCUAGGAAUGGUUAUUCAUGAAGCAUUGCGGCUUUAUCCUCCUGUGACUGUGGUGGCAAGAGAGGCCUUAAAGGACAUGAAGUUUGGGAACCUUGAUGUUCCAAAGGGGUUUAACCUUUGGAUAAUGGUAGUAAGUUUGUACACAAAUCCUGAUAUAUGGGGAGAUGAUGCCUACAAAUUCAAGCCAGAAACGUGUACAUGCCCUUUGGGGCUGGUCCACGAGUCUGUCUUGGACAGAACUUGGCUAUUGUGGAACUUAAGAUGAUCAUUGCUCUCAUAUUGUCCAAAUUCACUUUCUCACUCUCUCCACGCUAUGUUCAUUCGCCCA